GUUUACUCGAGCCUAUGUGAAAACAUCCCAAAACGCAUGGGUUUGAAUUUUGAAACAAUAGUACUUGGGUCCAAUGGAGUGAACGCAGGAUGCGCUCCCGCGGGAGCACACAGUUUCCGCGCCAACGUAAAUUUUUGGCGCCAAGUUUUUUGGGCUGCGUGUUGGCCCAUUUCUGAGGGGCCAAAAAGCUUGUUUUAUGUCUUCCCCCUUUCCCUGUCUAUGUCUAGGGUUUUGUUACAGAUAAAAAGACUGUAAUUUUUUUCUCUCUCUAGGUCUAGGGUUUUGUUACAGAGGAAAAGUGUAGUUGUGCAAAUCGAAAGGAAGCAAAUGGGUGUUGUGAAACGCAGGAGGCUCCACAAUAUUGAAGAAAAGAAGCCAAGAAAAGCAAUAAAAAGUUCUGUGAAGAAAGAAGAAGAAGAAGAAGAAGAGAGGAAAGAUGGUGUUGUGAAGAAGGACAAGCCAAGAAAAGCAAUAAAAGGUUAUGUGAAGAAAGAAGAAGACGAGACGAAGAAAGAUGGUGUUGUGAAGAAGGACGAAGAAGGGAUGACAGAGUACGAGCGCAGGAGGCUCGAAAACAUAGAAAAAAACCAGCUGAUGCUCGCCUCUCUUAACGUCCAAUCCCUCCUAUCCUCGGUUCCUACCAAGCAUCCCAGGGUGGACCCCAAGGGUUAUAAGAAAACCCCAGAAAGGAAACAGUCAAAACAGGGUCCUGUUGUUCUUCGAAGGUCUCUCAGAGCUAGAGGGUUCCCACCCGAUGCAUCUUCCGCCAAUGGCCUGCAUGAUGACGAGCCUUGUAUAAACCAUCUCUCUUUAUCUUCUUCUACCUCAGUACCGAUUAGAAAAAUAUUAGGUUCUUUCACCAUGGAAGAAGUAUAUGAGACCAAGAAAGAUGAUGCUUCGAAUAAGCAUUUCAUCGACACAAUAAUCAACCUUUCUGAUAAGUCCCCAUUAUCAAGAAUUGGAGCGAAAAACAUUGAGGCUUUUGAGGUCGGACAAUUAAGAUUGAGAGCGGAGAAUGUUGCAAGGUUAGUACCUGGAAGAAUUUUCAGUUUAGCAUUUUUCCCAUUUUGUGAAAGGUCAGUUGUGGUGGCUGGUGGCAAGUUUGGGCAUGUGGGUAUUUGGGAUACUGAUCAAAAAGAAGAGGAUGGGGUUCACUCAUAUUGCCCUCAUUCAGCCCCUGUUUCGGGUGUUGUGGUUUGGCCAUUUCAUCUCACAAAGAUCUUCACCAGCAGUUAUGAUGGGUUUAUCCGGCUGAUGAAUGUCGAGGAGGGAAAAUUUGAUAUGGUUUACAAUUGCAAUGAUGAGAUUUUUGCUCUUUCGGCUCGGACUUGUGACAGUAAUUCCUUAUAUUUUGCUGAGGGUCAAGGGGAAUUUAAGGUUUGGGAUGAGAGAACAAAAGGCAUCUCAACCUCAUAUUCCUUACAUUCUCAGAGGAUUAACAGUAUAGAUUUUAAUCCAGAAAACAACAACAUGAUGUGCACUAGCUCCUCCGACGGGAAAGCUUGCAUCUGGGAUCUUAGAUGUAUCAGAAAUGAUCCAUUACAAAUAGUCAAGCAUCAAAGGGCUAUUCAUUCUGCGUUCUUUUCCCCCAGUGGCAAAUAUCUCGCUACAACGAGUUUCGAUAAUAAAGUUGGACUAUCAAGUGGCGUAGAUUUUUCAGACGUAUCAAUGAUUCACCAUUGCAAUGAGACUGGCAGAUGGCUUUCAUCCUUCAGAGCGAUUUGGGGUUGGGAUGAUUCAUAUUUGUUCAUGGGAAGUAUGAAGAGAACAGUCGAUGUCAUCUCCGUUGAGAAGAAAACAAUCACAUCACUCGAUAGCACCUACAUGACUGCAAUCCCUUGCAGGUUUGCUUCCCACCCAUGCAUUACCGGCACGCUUGCUGGUGCCACUGGUGGGGGUCAAGUGUAUAUGUGGACGACCACAUAGGUCUCUGUUCUUUAGAGAGAGAGAGAGAGAGAGAGAGAGAGAGAGAGAGAGGACCCGAAUUUGGAAGCCUGUCUACGACUAUGGCAUUUUGGUGUAAUGUGUUUAUGUAUCUCUGUCCUAUCUUUGAUUUCUCGAAUGGAUCCUCAGAACAUGAGCUUAACUUUUGGUUCCAUCUCUGUGACUUCGGGCAAGUGCCUUAUGUUGGCAUUUGUGCUGUGGUGCAAACUGGUUAAAUUGCAGAGCUCGUACAAAUUUGCCGGGGUCCUUGAAAAACCUAUUAAAGUUAAUCAUGCCAGGUCUUUCAGUAAAAAUGUAGGACCCUGAUUUCAACCA